AUGGGGCGAAAGCGACACCGAAAGAAGGCCGCCGCUGCCGCCGUCGCCGCCGCUGCGGCCCCCGUCGCCAGCCUCCCCGUGGAUAUGCUGGCCAAUAUCCACGCCUGCCUCAGCCUCCUCGACCGCCUCACCUUGGCUGCCGUCUUCCGCACCUCGCGGGACGCAUUCAAGCCGGAGGCCCCCUGUCUCCUCCUGCACGGCACAAUCUUCUCCCUCUCCGAACGCCGCGCCGCAGCCGUGCGCGCCCCGGGGCCCGACCACGCCGUACUGGGCUCCUCCUCCCGCGGGCGGCUCGUCACCGCCGAUGACCGGGCCCGGCUGUGCCUCCUCAACCCGGUCACCGGCGAGCGCCGCGCGCUCCCGGCCAUCGACACCACCCCCCACAUCUUCGCCCACGGCGGGCGCCACCACUUCACCGUCGACGUCAAGUGGUUCCUCAGGGGCCCGCCGCCGUACCCCUACGGCACCAUGACGUACACCACCGAGAGGGUGCGCCACGCGCUCUACCGCAAGGUCGUCCUCUCAGACUCCGCCGACGUCGCCAUGCUCAUCACGGGGCCGGAGUACGGCGUUGCGGCCUUCGCCACGGCCACUGGCGGCGCGUGGAGGCUGGCACCCCCGCGCGACGGCAUCGAGCCGAUUCCCACGUCGGAGGCCGGCUCGUGGAGGCUGUGGCACUCGCGCAACGGCGUCGAGGAUGCCGUCCACCACGAGGGCAGGUUCUACUCAGUCACGUACUCCGGCGAAGUGGAGGCGUGGGAGGAGCGCGAAGCCGAUGCCGCCGGCGUGUUCACGAGCGCGGUGGUUGCGCCGAGCCUGCUGCUGCCGGCCGAUACGGACCAUCGCAAGUACCUCGUGGUGGCGCCGGCCGGACGGCUGAUGGUCGUGCUCAAGGAGACAACAGGUCGACGGACGUCGCCGUCCUUCAAGGUGCAGGUCCUCGACGCCAGCAGGCAGGGGUGGAAGGAGACGGACGACAUCGGCAACACUGCGCUGUUCGUCGCCGUGAACGGUUCCCUCUGCGUGUCCACGAUGGAGCACCCGGAGCUCAAGGCCGGCUGCGUCUACUACUACACCGAGGAUGAUCUGGGGCCGUGCAAGGAUGCACGCGACGACGACGAGGAGGAGAAUGGCGUCAGGGUGUUCAGCCUCAAGGACCGCAGAACAGAGACGGUGGAGGGCCUUGGAUGGGGCCGGAGCUGGCCGCCCCCGGCGUGGUUCAUUCCUUCCAUCCCAUGA